UUGACACUCCGGAUGAUUCGACUUCGUUUCAAACCAUUAUCUUAGGUUACUUCAACCGUUAUCAUCGGCUGAAUGUGGAUUUUGGAACUAAAAAGAGCAUCUUCGUGUUAUUUGGAGAAGUGAACAAUGAUUCCACCUGGAGACUGUCUGUAUGCUGGAAGGAAAAGGAGAAAACCUGUGCAGAAACGGAAACCAGAGAAAGCAGAUCAGAAAUCGAAUCCGUCCAAGCGUCAUCGCGACCGUCUGAAUGCAGAACUGGACCGGUUGGCAAGUCUGCUGCCCUUCAGUGCAGAUGUCAUCUCCAAACUGGACAAACUCUCAGUGCUGAGGCUCAGCGUCAGCUUUCUGCGGGUUAAGAGCUUCUUUCAAGCGGUCCAAGAGAAAGAAAAUCACAGCAGUGAUGCCUUGACCUCGGCGCACAAGAAAGAAAUCCUGCCCCAUGUCAUAGAUAGUGAUCUUCUCCUAAAGUCUCUGCCUGGAUUUGCGCUGAUUGUGAGCUCGGAUGGUGUUAUUUUCUAUGCAUCAUCCACCAUCGUUGACUACCUGGGAUUUCAUCAGACGGACGUGAUGCAUCAAAAGGUCUUUGAUUAUAUCCAUGUGGAGGAGCGACAGGAGUUUCACAGGCAGCUCCACUGGGCGAUGAACCCUGGCCAACAAGACACUGUAGAUGAGGAUGUUGUGAUGGGUCAUCUGUAUAUCGCUGAAGUGCCUGACGGCGUUCCUCCUGAACUGUCUCCGUUUCUCACACGGUGCUUCGUCGCUCGAGUCCGCUGCCUGCUGGACAGUACCUCCGGCUUCCUGAACAUGCAGUUUCAGGGCAGUCUGAAGUUCCUGCAGGGUCAGCAGAGGAAGACUGACUCUGGAGCUCUGCUGCCGCCUCAGCUCGCUCUGUUCUGUGUGGCUGUUCCUCUAGUCCUGCCCUCCAUCAUGGAGCUCAAGAUGAAGAGUAUGAUGAUGAAGAGCAAACACAAAAGUGAUGAAAGGCAACGAGUUUCCCAUGGCUCGUUUGACAGUGAAGACAUGCUACAUCUUAACUGGACAAGCUCAUCCGGUCAUGACGGUUCGUGCUCAUCCCUGACCAACAGGAAGUACAGAGGAGAGGGCUGCAAAACCCAAGACGAGCCGCUCAACUUCUGUGUUUCUAGACUGCAAGCUGUUGAUCCUUCCUGGGAUGCCCGCUGUCCUGUUGCCUUGCGCACGGGGCCCAAUGAAAACAACCUGCCUGGAAGCGUCUAUAAGCACAGCCAUUCUGGAAAAUCACGAAUCGGAUGCAAUACAGAAUUGCAGAAGCUUGAGAGUUAUUGUGUCAACAGGAAGGCUGAGAGAAGGUACGUGCAGAAUGAAUGUUUUAACAUGAUUCCUGAAGUGGCCAUUAAGACAGAAGCUUCAGACUCUGAGAACGGGUGUAACGUAUACGGGACGCUUUGGCGCCCUGUAUAUGCACAGGUGAAAUCCGAGGCUGAAUAUUAUGACUAUUGUGCCUCAUAUCAAAGAGGAAAAGCUGUCAUCAGUCCUCCCAUCAACGGACAACACAAGUAUCUGUGUGCAGGAGUCAGCAGACCUCUUAAGUGUGUCCUGAACAAAGACAUGAAUCACUCUGACGCUCCUAUCAGCAGUCAGGACGGAUAUGCAUUUUCAAAUGAUCAUAAAAGCUGCAUGCAGCGUGAUAUCCGGCUGACUUGUGAGUCCAGGAAUCACAAUCUUGUGCACUCGAUCAAACGAGAACCUCUGGAUGUUAGUCAAGGGCAUGUGCAACAACAUAUUACUUCAAAUGGCACUAUGAACACUGUUCUACACAAAGCAAACCCAUAUGUUUACAUGCAGUAAACUCUGAUCACAUUAACAUUGCUUUUUAAUUGCAGUGCUUGAAGGUAUAUUAAUAUUCUUCCUUUUGUUCUCUACAAAAUUCUGCAAUUAAUUCAGCCCAACUGAUUAACGUACAAACUUUUUUGUAGAUAGCUUUGGUAUGUUCGAAAUUUAAGAUGAAAUGUAAGAUCUACCCACUGGAAUAAUGUCACUGCCAUAUUUGCAUGAUGAAUUGUGAUUUGUCACCUGAAAUCAAGUCAUGAUGACAAAAUAGUUCUAAAGAAGUUCUAAAUUUUAUUUUUUUUUUCCACAAAAUUCUAAACAUAAACUUACCUAAAAUGUAGCUUGUUUGCUGCAAGCGCUGGUAUUUCCCUCAGGACAUAAACUAAAACUAGUUAGAAGUUAUUUUAGACUAUUUGAGACUGUUUAAUCAAACACAAAUACUCAGGUUCCUAGGUGUUUUGGAGAUGUUGUUUUGUAUUUUGUCUCUUUUGGGUACAGAUUUUGGAUUUAUUGCGAUCCAAUGUGAUAUUAAUGUGGAAAAUAUGUAUACAGUCAAAUAAAGAUCAUUUCCCAUGUGAAAAUGUAUUUGUGUAUAGCAUUUUAGAUUUUUCAAAGUACUUAA